UUAUUGGAAUAGAAUCGCUGAAAUAGAAUCGCUGCCCAGAAUGAGGCUGUCCCCUAGUUUUUUCGUUUCAAUUUUUGCAUUUGCAAUAUUAUUUUUUUCGGUGUGUCGAGCCGACGAUGAUGAUAUCGUCACUCUGGAGAAGGGACUCCAAAGCUUAUCAAAUGUAAUGGUUGUAUACCAAGCCGAGUUCGACAAUAAAGUCAAGUUUGUGGAACUGCAGAAGGCCAUCGAUCUGAUUGAUGAAUCAAUGAUAGGUUACCAGGGCACUGCCAAGAAUAGAUUGGGUAUGGUUCGAGAACUAAAUUCCGCGGCACGCAUCGAAUACCAUCGGUGUGUGGCUCCGGUGUUCGAAUGGUGCAUAGCCAUUAAUAGCACCUUCCGGCUUACCAUACCCAUGAUUGAAAACGAUACCCUGAGUAAAAAUGAUGCGCAAUUAAUCUGGAAUAUGACUGUCGAUGCACUCGACUUGGGUCUUAACAAAACCACCGAAUCGGUAAUUAUUUUGGAAGACGUUCUUAAUCGAACUACUACCUUGAGAGAUCUAUUGAAAUCGAUUGCCCAUGAGAUCGACGAUGAUUUCGGUCCUAAAGGAUUCUAUGGUAUAUGGAAGGAUGAUCUAGGAAAGAAGCUAACAGAAGAGCAGAAGCUACGAAAGGCGGCUGUAUCGGCAUUCAUCGGACUUUUGUUUGGUGUUGUUACUACUCUGCUAUUUGGACCUAUUGGAGUGCAAAUCGGCUUGCAAGUGGCAUUAGCAGUCCAAACUGUGCAGGAUAGGAUCGAAUGGCAGAAAAAGCAAACAUACAAGGACCAAAUCGAAGCUAUUAACAAGUUUUUUAACGUACUGCAAGAGAAAGUGGAAAACGCUACUAAAAUAGUGGAGGAAAUCAAUGUCACCUUGGAAGAAGACAAAAUUAACCUUCAGGCUCUCAAAGGACGGAUCGAGGGUGCCAACAAUAACAAGGAACUUUUAAAACUGAGUCCAUUCCUCAGAAGGAAGUACGCUCCCACCCUACAGGGACUGGUGGAGCAGUGCGAGCUAUACGUGAAGUGGCACGGCUAUAAUGAAGCAUUUUAUCAUCCCUCAAAGCCUCGAAGCCGUCGAGAUGCACCGCCAUCGGAUAUUUUGGCCAUUCCAGAGAUGGAAAUGCCAAAGGACACGAAUCCUGUCGGUUGGUUAUCACCGUUGCCAUGGCACAAGGACAUUGUUGUGCCCCUUUUGAAGCACCUUCAAUAAAAAUAUUGUAUAGCUUUUGCUAAAUAUUUUAAUAAAAUUAAACAGCAAGCA